AUGCCUUCCGCACCUGUGUACCGCGGACCUGAAGAGGUGAGACGGGCAGCGCUGGAGGCGUUGGAUGGUUUUGAGGGCCUUGGACCACGCGAAUGGCCAGAAAUCCCUUCACUCUUUCUAGACAAGAACGGGAAUUUCGAAUGCAGGGUGAGGGAUGAACAGCACCCUUAUGUGAAGGUAGCCAAGGGGGACGUUGACGAGUUCAACUGUCCUCUUCCUUCUUCACCAAAGCUACCAUCCGAAGUAACACGACUGAGUCAUGCUCGACAUGGUCUUCUGUACUCUUUACUCGUCCACGCAUAUCUUUGGACGAGGGACAAUGUGAAGAAUGAGGGUGGCGAAUUGGUUAAAAUGAGGGACAGGGAGGUGUUGUCACCUGACAGUAUCUUCGCGCUUGUCGACUUGGUCCAGAAGACAAACGGCUGCUAUGAUUAUGAGAGAGUGAGGGAUGCUUUGAAGAAGAUGCCAACAGUCCGUUUACCCAUCAACACGCUUUGGAAUGACAAGGAAGUGGUGAUGGCUUUGGUCCAUUGGGAGUUGGAGAAUGAUAUGCGGCGAUGGAACCUGUAUUGA